CUUCACACUGCUCUCCUCUUCACUUCACUUCUCGUUCGCUGCUCCAAGAGUGUGUGUGCUCCGUCUCUCCGUCUCUCUCCCUCUCUCUUUUCUCUUCUUCUUGCGCGGACGGUCGCUCCCUCGCUCCAUUCCUGCUCUCCGCUGUUUCUCAGGGCGUGUGUUUCUCCUCUCCUCUCGUCUGCUCCUGCCAGCCAGCCAGCCAGACACACACACACACACACACAGAGGGAGUGUGUGAGGGAUCUUCUGUGAACGGACAACUUAACUUCCAGACACGCGGACGUUCGGGAAGUUCCGGAGCCGGCGAGUGAGCAUCACUGGACCAGUCGCACGCGACACCUUUUGGACCGGGCCUUUUCCGCUGGACACCAGCUCACACACACACACUCAUACACACUCGGACACUCACACACACACACACACACAGCUCGUCAAGAUGAGAAUCGCACUCCUGUUAGUAUUGGCCCUGGCCGGACCUCUCUUCAGCGUCGCUAACGCAAGUACGCUAGUGGUUCCCACAGCGGAGGACCUUGCCUUGGUAACGGAGGCUGCUCCCGCCGCUGAGCCCACCGCUGCAGUUGAGGUCGCCGCCGCCGAGGAGGAAGUGGUAGCGGAGGAAGAAGCUGCGCCCGCCGCCGAAGAAGAAGAAGCCGCCCCCGAAGCCGCCGCAGAGGAAGUGGUUGAGGAGGCCGCCGCCGAAGAGGAAGUAGCCGCAGCACCAGAGGAGGCAGCCGAGGAGGAGACGGCCGCGCAGGAAGAGGAGGCAGCACCCGCAGCAGGUGAGGAGGAGGUGGCCGCUGCAGAGGAGGAGGCCCCGGCCGCUGAGGAGGAGGUGGUAGAGGAGGCUGCCCCUGAGGCCGCUGCGGAGCCCGAGGCCGAGGCGGAGGUGGUGGAGGAGGCCGCGCCCGCAGAGCCGGAGGCUGAGGCACCAGAGGAGGCUGCACCUGAAGCAGAGGCUCCUGCCGAGCCAGAGGUCGGCGCCGGAGAGGCAGAGGCAGAGGUCACAGUAGAAGAGGAGGGUCUGAGUUCGGGUCAGGUGGUGGGCAUCGUGAUUGGUGCUCUGAUCGCCGUCAUCGUGUUGAUCGCCGUCAUCGUGGCGGUGGUGCGGAGGAUGGGACAGUACUCGGCCGCUAAGAAACGCAAGCCUGAGAAAAAAGACAGCAUCUUGAUCUCUCCCUUGAGAAGGAAGCCUGCUCGUGUGGAGCCUCCUCCUAAGAAGUUCUGGAUCUUCUGAACUACUGAUUGAUGACAUCACUUCCUGUUCCUGUUCCUGAUCCUCUUCCUGUCCAAAGCUAAACAUGCUAGCAGCUCGCUAACACAUCUCUCCAGGAUCCUGGACCAUGGCCACACGGAGGAGGCACCCCCCCCCCCCCUUUUUUGAAUUCUCGACCCCCCCACCCCCACCCCAAAAUCUCCGACCACCGCCCCGCCUUGAACUCUGACCCGGAAACAUUGAUUGAAAUGAAAUGGACAGUUCUGACCACAGCUCCACCACCCCCACCACCACCCCACUCCCCAAACCCCUUGGACCCCCCCACCCUCACACCCCCCCCCUAAAAAAAGUCUGACCUGGAACUAUUGAAAUGGACAGCUCUGAACCUCAAACCCAAAUCCAACACCCCUCCCCAAAUGCUUUCCCGAUACCCAAACAUCCUUUCUCCCCUCUCCCCUCUCUCCUCACCUCCCCACACCUCACCUCAGAGCAUGGACAUCUCUGACCC